AUGACGGUCCUCCUUGCUUUGCUCCUGAUCAUGGGCAUGCCGUGGGUGGAGACCAACAUUACCGUGUCUGGAAGACAAAGACGGCUGAGGUGUCACGUGUGUGAGAUAGAGAACAGUUUCGACUGCCAACAGCCAAUGGACUGUGACCAGGGCGUUGAGUACUGCUCCACUGCUGCCGUGAGAGUUUUUCCACGGUUCUUCUAUGUUUCAAAGCAAUGCAUGAAGUACUGUGCGUUAAGCUUUCAGGGGAUGCGGACAGCCAAGUCGUUUGUGCUCGUAAAGCCCACGCCCUUCCUGUUCAUCUCGUGCUGCAGGGAGAACCUGUGCAACGUUGAGAAACCAGUCAUCGAGGAAAACUCAGAAGAUAAAUACCGAGAGGUGGGAGGGGCCCCAGACGGGCAGGGCAGCAGCGCCAGGCUGGUGACUCUCGUGGCACUGGCCUCGGCGCUCCUGGGCCUCAGGCUGCCGUGA